AUGACCUUCCAGCCAUUCGCUACCUCUCCCUGGACUCCACCUACUUCACAGACAUCUUCAAUCUCCAUCGCAGGUCCAUCUAGCAUGUCUCGCGUUACUACUCCCAGAGAUACCCCUCCUUCAGGAAGCAUCAGCCCGGUGGUAGCCACUCCCGCUUUGGCGGACGAGCAUGCUCUCUGGUCAGAUAGAUAUAGGAGCUUGUCAGCUUCCAACAUCGGCGCGAUGGGUAAUGGUUUCAACCCCAGUGUGAACGUUGGUCAUGGGGAACAACGAAGAGUGCUGGGCGAUCUCCCUCCUCAUUCCAAUCAGGUCUCACCACACGCGCUCGCAUCGCCUUUCAUGCCUGGAGUCAAUAAUGGUGCUUGGGGUCCACCUGUUCCACCGAGACAACCCCACAAUCAGGGACAUGGCCAAUCUCAUGGUCAUAGUCAAUCUCGAAAUCAGAACCAUCGCAACAUCAGCUUACAAGAGAAACUUGCUAUUGCCGAAGAGAAGAUUAGACAACUGACCAUUGAAAAUCAGAAGUUGAGAGAAAGGAACGCUUUUACGGGCUGCAACAGCCAUCCUGGAGCGUACACCUCACCCCCAGUCAGUUCCCGCUCAUCCAUGGUAUUCGAUAGCGUCAAUCCAUCUUUCACCACCGCUGGUUACGGUCAUGUCGCUGGAUUAGGCUUGCAACGAUUCGAAGAUCCCGAGAUGUGCUUCGACCCUUCCAAAUUCUCGAAUGGCGGGGACGAUCAACUUGAAAAGGUCAAUUACUCUCCUCCGCCUCAUCUCGUUGGACCUCUCCUACAAGGUACCUUCAACUUUGCUGAUAUGCCGAUCGAAUAUGUCCGACCCAUCGUCUGGAUCAUAGCUCAUAGAACACCCAAGAGCAGUACUGAGAGUUCCGGUUUGAAAGCAGCUGUCAAUGCUUUGGCAAGCCGUCUUGGACUUCCUCGGAGCCUGGAUCCAACGGGUAUCCUUGUUCGAUCGAUCAUUGAAUGGGCAAAACCACUUUGCUUCACGUCAUGCGGAAAUUAUCUUUGUCAACAAUUACUUGAACGAUGUGGGCUGGACGAUAAACAAGCAUUCAUCAAGGAGAUUGAAGAGUACAUCGUACCCAUCGCAAGCGACAAAUUUGGUACACACGUCUUGUGCAAGGCUAUUCUCACAAAAGAGUUAGAGGAACCCAUUUCGAAUGCUUUGAUCAAAUUUGGUAUUUUUGAAUCUAUGAAAACCGGAGCCAGAAGGCUAUGGAGGGAGUAUCUCGAAAAAUGUCGUCAAGCUAGACAAUUCGAGAUCUUCACCAAAAUCAAUGAAGAGAUGGCCGGUCGCUGGUCUGAGCUUGCUUGUAUCAAUGAGCACGGUUCAAUUGCUGUUCAACAAGUCUUCGAAGUUUUUGGAUCUCAGGAAUUGAUGGAGCCUUGCUUCAAGGAGAUCUUGGCAGAUAUCGCUCGUAUAUCUAAUAAUCAAUUUGGACACUUCGCCAUCACGAAGCUCAUCGGCUAUCCACAACUCUACCGACGUACCUGCGAAGCAAUCUUGACUUCCUAUCCGCCUGUUGCUGUCACGCACCACGGUGUCAACUUUGCUAAGAUCGCUCUCACUGAGGGUGGAAGAGGCUCGAUCGUCAAAUACGUCGAUGCGAUUUGUUCUCACGAUGAUGGAAGAACGCCCGGCAUCGUUGCUAUUGCCACAUCUUCCAUUGGGAAAGCUCAUCUCACAUUCGUCUUGUCCUGUCUCACACCCGCCGAGCAUGUUCGAGUCCGGCAAACUUGUCGCGCAUUCAGUACGACUCUGAGAAACUCUCAAAGCGGGAACGAUCUUCUUCGAUCAUUGGGCUUGAUGCAUGCUGCCGGAGUUAGACAUCGAGCUGGAAGUGGGUAG